AUGCUGCCAACGAAGUCCACGCCGUUCGUCGCUUUGUCGUCGGGCAAGGCCACGCCGCUCCUCGGGGAGAGUGAACCAGAGGAGCCGUGGUUCAAGCGACCAAACACAAAAAGGCAACAUAGAUCCUGCACAGCUUCAGUCCACCCCAAUGUCAUGCUGCUCGUCGCGGGCGCCGCGCUGCUGGCAGCCACCUGCGCGCUUGCGCUGAUCGGCGCCUCCCCAACUCUCGCCUCCCCAACUCUCGCAGUGGCUGAACCGCCGAAACCCUUCGUCGACGCUGCCCAUGCCGCGUCCGUCUCGCCCGAGGCUGCCAAGGCUGGCUUUGCCUCGGCGGUAAAGGCGAUGCCGGAGGGAAAGAGUCCUGCGGAGGCCAUGCGAGCGGCGGAGAAGGCGGCCGAGAAGGCACAAGAGGACGCGGGCGCAAAGAGCGUGCUGCUCGCGGCCGAUCCAUCCAAGAUGCCGGACACCAAGCCGUUUGUCGACGCCGCUCACGCGGCGUCGCGCUCGCCCGAGGCGGCCAAGGCCGCGGCCGCAUCGGCGAUCAAGGCCAUGCAAGAGGGGAAGAGCCCUAAAGAGGCGAUGCAUGCUGCCGAGAAGGCGGCCAAGGAGGCGCAAGAGAUGGUCGGCUGGGCGUCGGCCAAGGAAAUGUCGUUGUUGACGGUUCAGGGAGGCAAGCCGGGCGAUGACAAGGACGAGGCAGACGAAGACGAGACCGACAAAGACGAGAGCGAGGAGGAGAAGAAGAGCGACGAGCAGAAGGAGUGGAAGCGGAUGGGACAGGCAAUCGGCGAUGACUGGAAGUCAAAGGGACAGGCAAUCGGCGAUGACUGGAAGUCAAAGGGCAAGCAGAUGGGCGAUACCGACUGGAAGGCCUUGGGUGACAAGAUGAAGGACAUGGGCAAAGACGCUCAGGAGACCGGUGGGUGGUCGUGGCCGUCGUUCGAGAAAUCCUGGAACCCCUGCCACUAA